UGACUGACAGCAGAAAGAGGAUUUCCUGUCUGAUGCCCGGUAAGAGGCUAAUCCUCAGCCAGUGUCCCCGUCCCUCUGAUCCCAUCUCGGUUCCUCAGUCUGCUCUCACUCUGCAGGCUGAGCGUCUCCGAGCCGAGCCGAAGGAAACACAAAGGCCUGCACUCUUCACACAGGACUCAGGUAAUAACAACGACCACAUAACCAUGGCGAACUCUUUCACCCGUAUGAUGUCUGGCCGUCACACAGCGGUGAUUCUGGCCAGCAUAGGAGCUGGUACACUGGCAUCUGGAUACCUUCUCAGUGACCACAUUGUUGCUGCUGCUGAGAGGACGAGGCUCUAUCCACCCAGUGCAGACUACCCUGACCUGAGGAAGCACAACAACUGCAUGGCAGCAGCACUGACCCCGUCCAUUUAUGGCCGCCUGAGGGACAAGAAGACCCCCAAUGACUGGACCCUGGACCAAUGCAUCCAGACUGGGGUGGACAACCCUGGACACCCCUUCAUCAAGACUGUGGGCAUGGUAGCAGGAGAUGAGGAGAGCUACGAGGUGUUUGCAGAGCUCUUUGACCCCGUUAUCAAGGACCGACACAAUGGCUACGAACCUCGCACGAUGAAACACCCCACCGACCUGGACGCUUCCAAGGUCACCGCGGGAAUGUUUGACGAGCGCUACGUGCUGUCCUCCCGCGUCCGUACCGGUCGCAGCAUCCGUGGACUGAGUCUCCCUCCGGCGUGCUCACGCUCCGAGCGCCGCGAGGUGGAGCGCGUGGCUGUGACAGCCCUGUCCGGCCUGAAGGGAGACCUGAGCGGCCGCUACUACAGCCUGGGAGAGAUGUCCGACAGAGAGCAGCAGCAGCUUAUCGAUGAUCACCUCCUGUUUGAUAAACCUGUGUCACCUCUGCUGAUGUCAGCUGGGAUGGCCAGAGACUGGCCUGAUGCUCGUGGGAUCUGGCACAACAACGAGAAGAACUUCUUGAUCUGGAUCAACGAGGAGGACCACACAAGGAUCAUAUCCAUGGAGAAAGGAGGAAACAUGAAGAGGGUGUUUGAACGCUUCUGUAGGGGUCUUAAGCAGGUGGAGCAACUAAUUCAGGAGAGAGGCUGGGAGUUCAUGUGGAACGACCGUCUGGGCUACGUCCUCACCUGCCCCUCUAACCUCGGCACGGGCCUCAGGGCCGGCGUGCACAUCCGCCUGCCCAUCCUCAGCAGGGACCCUCGCUUCAAACGGAUCCUGGAAAACCUGAGGCUACAGAAGAGAGGCACGGGAGGCGUGGACACGGCCGCCACCGGAGACACCGUCGACGUCUCCAACCUCGACCGACUGGGCAAGUCGGAGGUUGAGCUGGUGCAACUUGUGAUUGACGGCGUUAACUACCUAAUCGAGUGUGAGAAGAAGCUGGAGAAGGGGCAGGACAUCAAGAUCCCCCCCCCCGUCCCCCAGUUCAGGAAGUGAACGUCACCUCCUGGAAUCCUGAAAUCGAGCAGGCGCUCCAACCGCUGGUCAUUUACAGGAUCUUAUUAGUAGUUAUUAGUAGCAUAAUGGCAUGUAUUGCGUUGUACCAACUUACCUUCCCAAUAAAUUAAUAACAUGUCCACAUAUUUUAAAAACAAUAAACUGACAUUGGCAAACUGAGUUGUAUUAUUGGCAGGUGUUUUACCAUUGAACGUGCCAGUCCUCCCCACAUAGCUAUUUUAGUUUUUUAAUGUGUGUAAAGCUCCCAGGGUUACAAAUAUCACUAUUUCACAGCGUUUGAACACGACUAGCUCCAGAUCCGCAAAAGU